UUUAGAGAUAGUGCAUACCUACAAAUCUCCUUUAUCUGUUAAGUCUAUUGGCCUGAGAUUAUAGUAGUGUUGGAAUUUCUAAUCAUUAUUCCAUUAGAUGAAUUCACAAGGGAAACAAACACCAGCACCAACGGAGGUUGGAACAAAUAAUUGACUCGAGGUUGCGGUGAGUAAUGUAGUUGAAAGUUUCAAACCCUGACAAUAAAUAAAUACCCUUACUUUACAGGUCUCUUUGCUUUAACCUGAAAAAAUAACGCGUGCAACUCAGUAUCUUCCUCGAUGGAAGGAAUUCCUAAACAUAUUAUUCCAGGAUGCAAUCUUUUCGCAGAUAGUCCAAGAUCACCCCUUCAACCUCCCACAUAUGGGAAUUUGAUUACUGUUCUUAGUAUUGAUGGAGGGGGCAUCAGAGGGCUUAUUCCCGGAACUAUAGUUGCCUUUUUAGAGUCUCAGCUUCAGAAGCUGGAUGGUGAGCAAGCGAGAUUGGCUGAUUAUUUUGACGUCAUUUCCGGGACUAGUACCGGUGGCCUCGUGACUGCCAUGCUAACUACCCCAAACCCCAAAGAAGGGAACCGCCCUCUUUUUGCUGCCAAAGAAAUCAAAGAUUUCUACCUUCAACACUGUCCUAAAAUAUUUCCACAAGAUACGUGUUGUUGCUUUGCACCAGCUACAAGUAUGGUAAAAUCUCUAAUGGGACAAUAUGACGGUAAAUAUCUGCAUGGUAUUUUGAGGGAAAAGCUGGGAGAAACUAGAUUGCACCAGACCCUAACAAAUGUUGUGAUCCCCACUUUUGACAUCAAGCGACUCCAGCCUAGAAUUUUCUCCAGCUAUGAGGUAAGGAUCGAUCCUUCCACAGAUGCUCUAUUAUCAGAUAUUUGCAUUGGAACUUCUGCAGCUCCAACUUACCUUCCUGCUCAUCAUUUUCAAAUUCAAGAUUCCACUGGUAAAACAAAAGGAUUCCAUCUUAUUGAUGGAGGAGUUGGCAAUAAUCCGACAUUGGUUGCCAUAAACGAAGUGACCAAAGAAAUCCUUCGUGGGAAUCCUGAUUUUUUCCCUAUAAAGCCGGUUGAUUACACUCGGUUCCUGGUUGUAUCUUUGGGGACUGGUUCACCAAAAUACGAAGAGAAGUACAAUGCUAGUGUAGCAGCUAAAUGGGGUGUUUUGGGAUGGUUGACCGGCGAGCACUCUACUCCAUUGGUGGAUAUUUUCAUGGAUGCAAGCAGUGACAUGAUCGACUUUCACAUCGCCACUGUUUUCCAAGCACUUCAAUCUGAAAAGAGUUAUCUCCGAAUUCAGGACGAUACACUCUCGCAGCAAAUGUCAUCUGUGGAUAUUGCCACCAAGGAAAACCUGGAGAAUCUUGUAAAAGUAGGAGAGGAAUUGCUUAGAAAGCCUGUUUCAAGAGUGAAUUUGGAGAAUGGCCAAUUUGAACCGGCUGGUAAGUUAACAAAUGAAGAGGCUCUCAUCAGAGUAGCAGAAGUUCUUUCCAAGGAGAAGCGGCUGCGAGACGUGAGAUCACCCCAUGGAAAGCUUUCGAUAAAGGGAAAUGAAGAAUGCGCUCAGAUUAAUAACACAAGUACCUAAUUUACUUGGUUUUAAAAUUAGAUGGUCAUAACUCUUAAAUGUAAAUUCCUGUUGAACUGCUAGUAACUAGCUGUGUUAUCUCUUAAUCCAUUUUGA